ACUGAAGUAUGGGAGCCUCAACUCUUUGCAGCGACAACUUGGAAGUGCAGAAAAAGAGUUGGUCGAAUAUAUGAAAUCUGGAAAGUCCAUGCUGAGAGAGGAAGUUACUGGAAGCGAUAUUGCUGAAAUUGUUAGUAAAUGGACGGGUAUCCCUGUUUCCAAGCUCCAACAAUCAGAAAGGGAGAAGCUAUUACAUUUGGAGGAAGAGCUGCAUAAACGCGUUGUGGGCCAAGAUCCUGCCGUGAAAGCGGUAGCUGAGGCUAUUCAGCGAUCUCGAGCUGGUCUCUCAGAUCCACGCCGCCCAAUUGCUAGUUUCAUGUUCAUGGGUCCCACCGGUGUUGGAAAGACAGAACUAGCCAAGGCACUUGCUUCAUACUUGUUCAACACAGAAGAAGCUCUUGUUAGAAUUGAUAUGAGUGAAUACAUGGAAAAGCAUGCAGUUUCAAGAUUAAUUGGGGCCCCACCUGGUUAUGUGGGAUAUGAGGAAGGUGGACAGCUGACAGAGACAGUUCGAAGAAGGCCAUAUGCAGUCAUUCUCUUUGACGAGAUAGAGAAGGCCCAUUCUGAUGUUUUCAAUGUGUUCCUUCAGAUUUUAGAUGAUGGGAGAGUAACUGAUUCCCAGGGUCGCACUGUGAGUUUUACAAACACUGUCAUAAUUAUGACAUCAAAUGUGGGCUCACAGUAUAUACUCAACACAGAUGAUGAUGUCUCACCAAAGGAAUUACGAUACGAAACCAUUAAGCAGCGGGUAUUGGAUGCUGCAAGAUCAAUCUUUCGUCCUGAGUUUAUGAACCGGGUUGACGAGUACAUAGUUUUCCAACCUCUGGACCGCGAUCAGAUAAACACCAUCGUCAAGUUACAGUUGGGACGAGUACAAAAGAGGCUUGCAGACCGGAAGAUAAAAAUUCAGGUGACCGAAGCAGCUGUUCAGCUACUUGGAGAUCUUGGGUAUGACCCAAACUAUGGUGCUAGGCCAGUCAAGCGAGUGAUUCAACAGAAUGUUGAAAAUGAACUCGCAAAGGGCAUCUUAAGAGGAGAGUUUAAGGAUGAAGAGACGGUGUUAAUAGACACUGAAGUCACAGCAUUUUCUAAUGGCCAGCUCCCCCAACAAAAGCUGGUUUUCAAGAGGCUUGAAUCUGGAAUAGAAGCUCCAGCUGCAGAGGAUAAAGGAGUCUUCUCACCAACUCUUUGAACUUGUAUUUAGUUUCAUUAUGCCUAAAUUUUGACAAAAAAGAUUAUAUGCUAAUAUUAAUGAGUUUCUUCUUGUAUAUCACAUGCUUUCUUGUAGAAAUUACAAGCUUCGAGUUAGUCAAUGGUUAAUA